GCCGCGCUUUACGGCGCUGGCUCUGCAGAGCUGAAGAUGUCCGCUGCGAGCCGGGAGGAGCGUUCUGGUCCUCCCGGCAGCUUCGCGAAGCGGGUCCUGGUGACCGGGGGUGCUGGUUUCAUUGCGUCCCAUGUGAUUGUCUCCCUAGUAGAGGAUUAUCCCGACUAUAUGAUCGUAAAUCUAGACAAGCUGGAUUACUGUGCAAGCUUGAAGAAUCUGGAACCAGUCUCUAACAAGCAAAACUACAAGUUUAUACAGGGUGACAUUUGUGAUUCUCACUUUGUGAAGUUGCUGUUUGAAGUGGAGAAAAUAGAUAUAGUACUGCACUUUGCUGCACAGACACAUGUAGAUCUUUCAUUUGUCCGUGCCUUUGAGUUUACGUACGUCAAUGUUUAUGGUACUCAUGUUUUGGUAAAUGCUGCUUAUGAAGCCGGAGUGGAGAAAUUUAUUUACGUCAGCACAGAUGAAGUUUAUGGUGGCAGUCUCGACCAGGAGUUUGAUGAAUCGUCCCCCAAACAACCUACAAACCCUUACGCUUCAUCCAAGGCAGCUGCUGAAUGUUUUGUGCAGUCUUACUGGGAAAGGUACAAGUUCCCAGUUGUCAUCACGAGAAGCAGCAACGUCUAUGGACCACAUCAGUAUCCAGAAAAGGUUAUUCCAAAGUUCAUAUCCUUGCUGCAGCACAACAGGAAGUGCUGUAUUCAUGGAUCAGGGCUUCAAAGGAGAAACUUCCUCUAUGCUGCUGAUGUGGUAGAAGCCUUCCUCACUGUCCUCACAAAGGGCGAGCCAGGCGAGAUCUACAACAUCGGGACCAACUUUGAGAUGUCGGUCGUCCAGCUUGCGAAAGAGCUAAUACAGCUGAUCAAAGAGACCAAUUCAGAGUCUGAAACGGAGAGCUGGGUGGACUAUGUUAGUGACAGACCUCACAAUGACAUGAGAUAUCCAAUGAAGUCUGAAAAAAUUCACAGUUUAGGAUGGAAGCCCAAAGUGCCAUGGGAAGAAGGAAUAAAGAAAACAGUUGAGUGGUACCGAAAGAAUUUUCACAACUGGAAGAAUGCAGAAAAGGCAUUAGAGCCCUUUCCAGUCCAGCCACCAUUUAUGUAACUGCCGUUGCAGAGACGAAGACAUCAUCCUACCUCAGACAGCGAUGUGAAUCAAGUGCCUAAAGCAGUGCCAUCUUCUCUCCGGGGCUGCGCUCGAUGCCCUCACCACUGGGUGGGAUACAGAGUCUUCAGCAGUUUCAGUAUUGGUCCAGCAUUCACUGUGGAGUUUCUCUUGGCCAACUUCUCCUAGAACUCAGGCAGUGGUCCAGCAGGACAGGGCCCUGGCUCUGAGAACAAAGGCAGGAAGUGGUACUUUGUGGAUGGCAUCCUGGGCUGCUUUGGACUUCUGCUGGCUCCCAGCCUUCCCUAGUACCUGGUGGUCUCAGAUUUUCUGUCCUGCCAAUCUUUCCUAGGGUCUGAUGAUGUAAAAGUUGAGCAAAAUGGAAGACUAUCUAGCAUUUUUAAACUUUUGGUAAUUGUAUAAAAUUAAGUUAAAUGGAUUUUAAAGGUAAAAUGUAAAUUUCUUACAUUUUUAAAAUCAGUUGAUUUUAUAUAACCCAUAUCAGAAAUUUUAUCAUGUAUCUACAACUUAUAAUGGUUUUAUUUAUGAAAGUGUCAAUAUAUUUUAAUAUAUUAAAUGCAGAUUGUGGCUUUUUUUUAGUAAUGUCUUUUUAUUUUGUUGUAAUUUUUAAAAAAAUAAUCAUGCAUUUUUAAUCUCUGUAUCCUAAAGAUUUCAGUGCAACUUUGAAAAGUAACUGAGCUGAUAUUGGGUGGGCAAAAGUAAAGGUUGCUCUGUUGUGAAUGUAGAUUUCAUCUUAGGGUUUCCAUGGCUGUAAAGAGACACUGUGACCACAGCAGCUUCUAGAAAGGACAUUUCAUUGUGGCUGGCUUACAGUGUCAGAGGUUCAGUCCAUUAUCACUGUGUGGCAUGCAGGCAGACAUGGUACUAGAGGACCCAAAAGUUCUACAUCUUGAUUCAAAGCCAGCCAGAAGGAGUCUGUAUGUCACACUAGGAGUAGCUUGAGCAUAGGAGACCUCAAAGCCCUCCUACAUAGUGACACACUUCUUCCUACAAGGCCACACCUACUCCAAGAAGGCCAUACCUCCUGAUAGUGCCACUCUCUAUGGGCCUUUCAUACAAAUGCAUUAAUGUGGUGGUAUCCAUUCCUUGUCAAUUUGACACACAGUCAUAUCUCCUUAUGAAUAAAUGAAAAUGCUAACC